AUGGCCGGAAUUGUCAACAAGGAGUUUCCUGAGUUGGCCCAGACAGGGCUGAACUACCUGUCAUGGUCCUCGGACUGCGAGAUCUUUCUCCAGGGCAAAACCCUCCUGAGGGUGAUCGGUAAGGGGGCCCAACUGGCCGUCACUAAUCCCAAGUUCGAAACUGAGAAUGCGCAGGCUCUGCACUUUCUUCGUCAUCACCUGUCACCUACUCUGAAAGAUGAGUAUAUGGCUGAGCGCAGUGCUUCUGGCCUUUGGACCGCUCUUAAGCAGCGGUUUGAGCGGCUGAAGUACACUGUGAAGCCACGUGCAGAGGCAGAGUGGAUCCGUCUGAGGUUUGCGGACUUCAAGACGGUUGGGGAGUACAAUUCGGCUCUCCACCGGAUUUGUACGACUCUUCGGUUGUGUGGUACUGAGAUUACCGACUCCCAGAAGAUUGAGAAAACCCUAUCCACUUUCCACCCCGACGCGGUCCAGUCCUCACGGAACUACCGCCAGGGGAACUACACGAGGUAUUCAGAGUUGAUUGACGUCCUCCAGGUGGCGGAGGCGCAGGACGAGGUUCUCAAAAAGAACUUUGUCGCGCAACCACUUGGGGGGAGUUCUCGCCAGGAGGUGAACGCUCUCAAAGUCCGCAAGCCUCAACAGAAGAAGAGGGGCCGGAAGGGCAAGAAGAAGGGCCAUCACCCCCCCCGCCCCGGCUAA